AUGAGGGGAAUCCUGAUCCUGGGGCUCUUGUUGGCUACUCCCGGCUGCCUUGGCUACUUUGAGGACCUGGUCAAGUGCUUCCAGGACCCCGAGUAUGAGUCCAUCCUUGUCACGGCACAGAAAGGGCUCCAUGCCUCACCACUGCCAAAGCAUGUGGUAGUAGUGGGAGCUGGCAUGUCAGGCCUGGCGGCUGCCAAGGCCCUACAAGAUGCUGGCCACCAGGUAACCAUCCUGGAAGCCAGCCACCACAUCGGAGGUCGGGUUGUCACAUACAGGAAUGAGGAGGAAGGCUGGUACUAUGACCUGGGGCCCAUGCGAAUCCCAAAGUCCCACAGGCUAGUUCAUACCUACGUCAAGAAGCUUGGACUGGAGAUGAACACGUUCAUAGAAUAUGACGGUAACACCUGGUACCUCAUCAACGGACAACGGCAUCGCAUGAGGGAUGUCGAGGAAAACCCAGACCUCCUAGGCUAUUCCACUAAACCACUGGAGAAGGACAAGAGUGCUAGGAAUCUCUUCCACCAGUCCAUCGCCAAGCUCAAACAAAGUCUGAAAAAUUUCAACUGCAGCCACCUGAUGUCCUUUUAUGAUUCCUACUCCACCAAGGCGAAAGCGCUCCGCCUGGUGCAUUACACCAGCGCCACCAAGGUGGUUCUGGCCUGCAAGGAGCCCUUCUGGGAGCGGGAGGGCAUCCAGGGCGGGUUCUCGGUCACAGACCGGCCCUCGCGUUUCAUCUACUACCCCAGCCACAGCUUCCCCAGCGGCAAGGGGGUCCUGUUGGCCUCCUACACCAUAGACGAUGACUCCCUCUUCUUCACAUCCAUGACACAUGAGCAGGUCAAGGAUGUGGUCCUGGAGGACCUGGCGGCCGUGCACCAGAUACCUAAGGAUGAGCUGCGGCGCAUGUGCCCCUCCUCUGUGCUCAAGCGCUGGUCUCUGGAGCCCCUCACUAUGGGCGCCUUCGCUGAGUUCACACCCUACCAGUUUACUGACUAUUUGCCGCAGCUCUUCCAGCCUGAGGGCCGCAUCCACUUUGCAGGCGAGCACACCUCCAUGCCCCAUGCCUGGAUAGACACUGCCAUCAAGUCCGGCCUGCGGGCAGCCAGGAAUAUCCAAGCCGUGGUAGACGAGGAGGCCACCGGGAAGCAGAGGACCUUCAUUCAUACCCAGAAUCAUUCCAACCCUGAGAGAAAUCCCUGA